AAACAUAACAUUACUUCAAUUAGCUAGCACCCCUUAUUCAAUGGUAAUAGCCAUAGCCUAGCUAGCUACUAUUAGCUGGCUAAACCGCUGUUAUUGAAUUAAAACAGCUAGCUAGGCUUACAUUUUAGCUUCAUUGUUGAAUUGUGGCUAGUUAGCUAACUGCUUCAAGCUGGUGAUUUUUAUUUAGUUAGCUAACAUGGUUCUGUUCAGAAGAUGGACGGCGUUACUAGCUAGCUGUGGUGCCUCGCUAGUUAGCGAACGUUAGCUAGCUAGCGCAGUAACGCUUACUAGAUUGUUUAUCACGCGAUGUGCUGGCUCUUGUUGCUAGUUAACGUUAGCUAAGCUAACAUGACCACACUGUCUGUAGUUUUGCCAUGCCCACGCACUAUCAUUACUCUGUAAUAUUAGCUGUCUAGUUAGUGAACUGUCUCAUUUGUGUUAUUUUAGCAAUCAAGCACUGCCCUCGAGUUUCUGACGAGGCCGACAAUGGUUUGUGAUUUCCAGCUAACUGUGUUAGCCAGUAACGUUAGUACUAACCAGGCUCUGUGGAUUGUUUACAUCCAGCGCCAGUUUGCAAACUAGCCGGGUAGUGUUGUUAGUUAGCUAGCUAACUACAAUAAUCUAGCCAGCAAGGUGUUUUUUUUCCCGCCAUCAAGGUAGUUAGUUAGUUAUGCCACACUAUUUUUGGAUUUGCUACAGUAUGUCAAAGUGAUUACGCGGCUACUAAUCUGAACACUGACAAAUCAGUUGGUGGAUCUUCACCAUAUCUAGCUACCUAAGUACCGUUAUGUGAAGAUCUCUAGCUAGCCAAUUGAAUGGGUUGUCAGUCAAACGGGUUGCUUAUUAAUUUGUUGUUUUUGUGGUUGUAAAGCAGACUCAAUUUAAAUCAGUGACACUUGACACAACUUUUAUGACCACUAGUCUAACAGACAACAACUACAGGUGGCAACCGGUGCUAGGGGUAUUUGUAUUAGUUACACAGUUGAUUAGAUAUUUUAGAUCAUAUUAGAGUUUGUUAUGGAUCUGGAGAAUAUAUGUAACAGGUAAUGUGAUGUCACCAUUUGAUUAUGCUUGUAUUGUUUUCACAGGCUGCAGUUGUGUUCUUGUGGAUGUGUGGUGGACCGUAAGCAGGGCGGCCACUUGUGAACCUCACCUAUUUACCUUGACCCAUUGUCCUAUACCUCCUCCCUGACUUCUCCCUUUUUCUCGUCUUUUAUCAUAGACCUUUUUAAAUGUAUGAAAGCAUGUUGCACAGAGACAGACACCCUAUAUUUCUACCUCUUCUCCGUCUGUGCUCAUCAGUGUGUUACGGUAGUCUUUUAGCUGAAGGUUUUAAAUGGGGGUGAAUCUACUCUGUGCCUGGUGUAGUACGGUACUUGAAUUCCCACCCAUUUGUAAAUUAGCCCCGAUGAGCUGUGCAGAUUUCAUUAAUCAACUUUAAGUGAUCAACCAAUCAGCAGCCAGCUAAUUGGCCAAUCAGCCCCCCCCUCCACUCCCUCCUGGUAGAAUGAACGGCUCUCUUUUAACCCCACCUAGCCUGCGGGCAGCCAACUCCUCUACCCUGCCCCCGUCCCCCUCCCCGUCCCCUCCAUCCCCCUCCCUGUUGCCACUGUUCCCUCGGCCACCUCCCUUGGCCCAGCCUCACCCCUCCUCGCUGUCGGACACCCCCACGCCCUCCCCCUGCCUGAGCUGGACGGAGUUCUGUGAGCUGCAUGCCCGCAUGGCGGCCGGGGACUUUGCCCGCCACUUCCGGGCGUUCCUCUUGGAGAACCCACACUACUCCCCCGACUCUGCUGCCGCCUUCUGUCGCCGCUUCACUGACCGCUUUGUCCGACAUUUCCAGAGCGAACUGGAGGGGGUAGCAGGGGCGCCGGGUACAGCCCCCGGGAUGGAGGCGGGGAGCUGGGCUCCCCAAUCAGACACCACCUCCCUGGAAGAGGAGGCGGUCUCUCUCCCUCCCGUCACUGAGGGAGCCUGCUACCACGCCUGUGCCCCAGCCAACCCGGUGCGAGCCCUGCCCAAGCCUGCCUCCACACGGCUGGUGUUGGAAACCCGAAGUGGGGACCAAUUUCAAGAUUCCUAUGCUGUCACAACGGUCCUCCCCCCAUCCUCCUCCUCCUCCUGCUCCUCCUCGGUGGGAGGAGGAAACAACGGCGGGCGGGAAGAUAGGGGUGCCCCAGUUACUGUUAAACACUUCCCUGGCGUCGGCCCGGGCAACGGAGAAACAACGGCCGAGGAAGAGGAGGAUAGCUGGGCGGGCGUAACAGUCAUGGAGGAGGAGGUAGAGCCAGAUGAGGGGGAAGCGGAUCUGGAAGUUUGCUUAGACAAUGAAGACCCCUCCCACAUGCCCCAAACGCCUGCCUCCCCUUGCUCCGACACACCCCCUCCCCGCUCCAAGGGUAACGGCACGCCGGCCUCGACAGGAAGCCAGUCCAAAACCAAACUGAAGAAGCGCUUCUCUCUGCGGAGUGUUGGGCGCAGCGUGCGGGGUAGUGUCCGGGGCAUCCUGCACUGGCGCAGCUCGUCCAGCGACUCCCCCCAGAGCUCCUCCCAGCUGCCCUCCAGCUACAGCUACACAAUGGGGGUCCAGGACGCUGCCACCGGCUCUUCCUCCAAGAGGAACUCUGGCACUCAGCCCCCUACACCCACCUCCUCCAUGCCAGUUUCCCUCUCCCUGCCCCUCUCCCUUCCCCACUCCUCCUCCUCCCUGCCCCCGUCUUCUUCCAGCAGUGCCACCUCCCUCUCGCUGUCGGAAGCGCGGGACCGCCGGCGGAGCAAUGGCGAGGGGGGAGAGAAGGAGAAGUGGAGCCACCGGCUGGAGAAGUUGCGUCUGUCUCGCUCCCCGCCCCCCGUUCUCUCCUCAGCGCCCACUUCGACCGUGGUGUCGCCUUCCUCCGGCCUGCCCCCCAGCAGCAGCAGCAGUGCCACCGUGAGGAAGACGGGCCGGCUGGUGAGGGAGGGAGGAGUCAGCGUCAGCUCCUCCAUGCCAGAUGAGUUUGCCGGGAGCCACGGUGGUUUCCCUGGCUUUUCCUUUGGCCUGCUGCACCACGGCACACAAGAACACAACAACGCUGGCACCGGCUUAAACAACACCUCGUCCACCGCUAAUGCUGCUCAAACAGCCGCAGUGCAGCCUCUCGUCCCCGGGGGCACUGUCGGCUGGAGGGGCGGUCGUUGGCACAAGUGCCGACUGGUCCUGAGGGAGAGGGACAAGGAGGGCGAGCGGGGCGAGGAGUACUAUCUGGAGUUCUUCAUCCCGCCUAAAUCCUCCAAGCCCAGGCUGACUAUCCCAUGUUGCUCUAUUGUGGAUGUGAGGAGCACCACAGCCCUGGAGGUGCCUGACAAGGAGAACACCUUCCUCCUGCAGUUGGAGGGACAGGUGCAGUAUGUGAUUGAGACGCGAGACGCUGUGCAGAUGAGAGCCUGGUUGAGUGACAUCAGGAACGGUAUAUGUAUCAGUGAACAGGAGGACAUAGAAGCUGUGUGUGGGGGACCCAUGGACAUCAGUGGAACGCCAGAAUUCAGUGACCGCCUCUCUCAAGUGUGUUAUGGAGGUGUGGGCGGCUCCUCGCCGCUGAUGGACCCACGCCCCCCAGAGUUACCGCCCCGCGCCCCUCUGGACGAAUCAGACGGACGCGGGGGCGGAGCCGGCCUGGGCACACCAUUUGCGGAGACGCCAGAUGCCACAGGCUCCUUCCUGUUCUCAGACGUGGUGGAGGCGGUGGAGCACCCUCUGAGCGAGUGCCAGUGGUUCCACGGGACGUUGUCGCGCCUCAAGGCGGCCCAGCUGGUGCUGGCGGGGGGUACGGCCAGCCACGGCGUCUUCCUUGUGCGCCAGAGCGAGACACGCCGCGGGGAGUACGUCCUCACCUUCAACUUCCAGGGCAAGGCCAAGCACCUGCGUCUAUCUCUGAACGAGGACGGCCAGUGCCGGGUGCAGCACCUGUGGUUCCAGUCCAUAUUCGACAUGCUGGAGCACUUCCGGGUUCACCCAAUCCCCCUGGAGUCUGGGGGUGCCUCGGACGUCACCCUCAUCAGCUUUGUGGGAGCCACCGCCGUCCGGCAGCCAGGCCGGGACAGGGCAAGCAGCCGGCCCACAGUCUGUGAUGUCAUCCCCACGCGCCACCUUGACUCUCCAUCAACCCCCAUCUCUGACUGUGUACUUGACCAGCAAACCCCGUAGCUCUCCCCAGCCUCCUCCUCCACCACCCCUGCCCCCUGGCCGGCCGCC